AGCAAAAGUAUACCAUGAGUUGCUUAUAUUUGGGCUCUUGCUUUUCUUGUUUUAACAGGACUGGGAGUUUCCACAUUUUAUGGGUGAUGUUGAAGUGAACCUUCCAGGCUUACCAUCUGCACACAUGCAGUUCAAAGUACCUUAUUUCCAAAAGAUCUUAAAAGAGGAAUAUCACAUACAUAUCACAGGCAAAUGGUUCAAUUAUGGAAUUAUCUUCCUUGUUCUCAUCCUGGAUCUGAAUAUGUGGAAGAAUCAGAUAUUUUACAAACCCCAUGAAUAUGGUCAAUAUAUUGGUCCUGGACAGAAGAUCUACACAGUGAAGGACUCAGAAAGCUUGAAAGACCUUAAUAGAACUAAGCUAUCUUGGGAGUGGAGAUCGAAUAACACCAACCCAUUGACCAACCGGACCUAUGCUGAAGGAGACAUGUUCUUACACAGCAGAUUCAUUGGCUCUAGCCUUGAUGUCAAAUGUCUGGCUUUUAUUCCAAGUUUGCUGGCUUUUGCUUUGUUUGGUUUCUUCAUCUGGUUCUUUGGGCGAUUUCAGAAAACUGACCAAGGCAUGGAGAAUUUAGACAAAUCAUACACAAGAAUGAAGCGGAAGUCACCGUCAGAUAUGGGAAUGACACGAGAAAAUACACAGGUGUUAGUAGAAGAACCAUUAAGUUUUCAAGAACCACAUCUCGUAUCCAUAAAAUCAGACUUAAGCGAAAUAGUUUUUAAUUCUUCUCUCCUAACUUCUGAAAACUUGAACGCACAACUGAAUGAACAAGAUAGCCCUUUACAGCCAGGACCAGAGUCCUCUGUCCCUAAGAGUAAUCCUGUGACGUAG